UUAAGAGGUUGCAGGAAUGGGCUGAGAACUGCUUUUGCUUUCUCCACAGACAGGCAUACUCUCUUCUGACUUGGCCAUCACUGAGCUGCAGAGUGAAGAGGGAAAUCCUCGCAGCCUCUGCCACCACCAUGUGUUAUGGAAAAUGUGCACGGUGCAUCGGACAUUCUCUGGUGUGGCUGGCCAUCCUGUGCAUUGUAGCUAAUAUUUUGCUUUACUUUCCAAAUGGGGAAACAAAAUAUGCCUCCGAAAACCAUCUCAGCCGCUUCGUGUGGUUCUUUUCUGGCAUCGUAGGAGGGGGCUUGCUGAUGUUCCUGCCGGCAUUCGUAUUCAUUGGGUUGGAGCAGGACGACUGUUGUGGCUGCUGUGGCCACGAAAACUGUGGCAAGAGAUGCGCGAUGCUUUCUUCCGUCCUGGCGGCCCUCAUUGGGAUUGCGGGAUCUGGCUACUGCGUCAUCGUGGCAGCCCUGGGCUUGGCCGAAGGGCCAGUAUGUCGUGAUUCUCUUGGCCAGUGGAACUACACCUUUGCCAACACCGACGGACAGUACCUUCUGGAUACCUCCACAUGGUCCCAGUGCACGGAACCCAAACAUAUUGUAGAAUGGAACGUCUCUCUGUUUUCCAUCCUCUUGGCCCUGGGUGGAAUUGAAUUCAUCUUAUGUCUCAUUCAAGUAAUAAAUGGUGUGAUGGGAGGCAUAUGUGGCUAUUGCUGCUCUCGCCAACAGCGAUACGACUGCUAAAAGAACCACCCCACAACAGAACCACGAUCUUCCUUUAUUUCAUUCCUUGCAGAUGCCACCACUCGGAGCCCCCUGAGCCUCCCAGCCACAGUCAACUCCACCGAGUUCUUCAACAUUGCUAUGGAUGGCAAGCUCUUGGGUCAAAUCUCCAUCGAGCUGUUUGCAGACAAAGUUCCCAAGAUAGUAGAAAACUUUCAUGCUCUGAGCACUGGGGAGAAAGGAUUUGGUUAUAAAUUUUCCUGCUGUCACAGGAUUAUUCCAGGAUUUAUGUGCCAGGUGACUUGACUUCAUAAUCCAUAAUGGCAAGUCCAUCUGUGGGGAGAAAUGUGAUGAUGAGAAUUUCAUUCUGGAUCACACAGGUCUUGGUAUCUUGUCCAUGACAAAUGCUGGACCCAACACAAACAGUUCUCAAUUUUUCAUCUGCACUGCCACACCUGAGUGAUUGGGUGGUCGGCAUGUGGUUUUUGGCAAAGUGAGAGAGAGCAUGAAUAUUUGGAAGUAUAGACUGCUUUGGGUCCAGCAAUGGCAGCACAGCAAGAAGAUCACCAGUGCUGAUUGUGGACAAAUCUAAUAAUUUGGCUUGUGUUUUAUCUUAACUACCAGCCCAUUCCUUCUGUAGCUCAGGAGGGUAUCCCUUCACCCCCAUCGACUAGAAAUAUCCUAUAAUCUUUGUGCUUUCACUGCAGUUCUAUGGGUUCCAUAUUUUCCUUAUUCCCCUCUAAGUGUAGCUUGAUUGCAAAGUUAAAUUUGUGAUUAUGAAAUAAAACCUAAACAAAUAAACAAAAAGAUGUUCAGUUCCAGGGAUAAUUUUGGGAGUAGUAUUUAUACCAAGAAAAAUAACAAGAGCCUAAAUGUCCAACAAGGAACUG